GCACGUGUCUGUCUAUUUGCCUUCUCGCAUCUUGUCAUAAAAUUUCUUCCUAGUUCUCAUCGUUAAGUUUCCCUGUUUCUCGCUCGAACUGAAAGCCAUUUUAGAGCUAUUGGAACACUUAGAAAAAAGUUAGUAGCGUUUGACCACCUUCGAUCAUCUAGCCUUUCUUGGAUGUGUUUCUCAUUUCCGCCAACAUGACGAGCUUUGCUUAUUUUUUUCAGCUACCUGAUAGGGUUGCGUGACUAAACCUUCUGAGCUGAAAGUGCUAUCAAAUUUUAAAGGGUCAAGUAUCAGGAAUAUGCCAUAACAAGUUACUUUCGAGUUCGAUCAUCUAGUUUUCGUGAUGUCUCUCAAAGAUCGUUCUUUUCCAGUGAGCCCUGGAACGGCUCUGUCUGUUUUCUGUUUGUUUCUUUACUCCGCUGGAUUCAUUCGAAUCGAGACAAAGUUCAAUGACUAUGAACGGAGGUUGAGGACUGUGGAGGAAUUCAUGCCUCAAGAUAAAAUGGAACAGGCAAGGACAGAUUUACAUUCGGCUGAACAAGAAGUACCCCCCACCUCCAGGCAGCCGAAAACCCUUCGUCUGAAGCGUAGUAUUUCACAUCCGCCUCCUUUCAACAACUCAGCAAAGAUAAGAGAAAUGAUGGAAGACAUCAUUUCUUCUACAUGGAAGAUUUGCAGCAACAAAGGCAAUUUGAAUGUGUGUCCCCGUGGGCGGCCGGGACCUCCGGGGAGAGCUGGACCCAAAGGUGACAGGGGGAGGAAAGGAAGAAAAGGCGCUCAGGGAAUCAUGGGACCACCAGGAAGAAGUGGAAAACAAGGAAUCAUGGGGCCAACGGGAAUAAGGGGAGAAAAAGGAAUAAAAGGAGACAUUGGGCCACCGGGUAUCCCUGGUAUCCCAGGGACUAAAGGUGAACCAGGUGAAUCUAUUUCAAAGCCAAAAGUAACGAUUUCUCCACCGAAACUAACUGUCAACGAAACCAACACAGCCUCGUUCUUAUGCUCCGUUUCGGGAAAUCCAGCAGCUCAAAUAUUCUGGUCAAAGGUCAAUGGAUCGUUACCUAGCAACAGGACUAAAGUGACGUCAAAUGGUCAGAUGCAAAUCGCUAGUGUUCGGAUGGAAGAGGCAGGCGAAUACAAAUGCUUAGCGCGAAAUAUUCUAGGAGAGGAGGAAAAAACUGCGAUUCUCGUCGUACAAAAUAAACCGAAGAUCUCACUCUCCCCUGGCCCCACUUAUUUUGAAAAAGGCAAGAACAUCACUUUGCCAAAAUGUCACGUGACCAGUUUUCCUCCAGCCAUUAUCACGUGGUCUAGAGUACGCGGUGAACUUGCAUAUUCCAGAACUGUUAUGAAAGACGGACAGCUGUCAAUUAUCAGUGCUCAAAAGAGAGAUUCUGGUUUUUACGAAUGCAAAGCGUCAAAUGAUUUGGGGGAAGACUCAGCUUUGACACAUCUCAGUGUUUUGGAGCUGCCACGAUUCACAUCAAAUCCUCCUGCUCAGCUCAAAGUUAGACAAAAACAAAAUAUUUCAGUUUCAUGUCAAGCUGCUGGUGACCCCAGACCAAAAAUCAUGUGGGUGAGAGCGAGCAGUGAGCUGCCAGUUGGAAGAUCACAAGUCAGUGCCGAUGGAACACUUCAGAUAUGGAAUAUUAAAGAUGAAGACUCGGGCAUAUAUAUCUGUACAGCCACAUCAGCACAACUGUUCAAAACAUCUUCUUUAAUGCGACUGACUGUUAGGACAGUGUGCAAGCCUAUUGGUGUGGUGGACAGGAACAGAACAUCAGACGCCAGAAUGACGGCGAGUAGUUCUUACAAUAAUGAUUACCGUCCUUCCUACGGCCGACUCAAUGAAAGCAGUGGCCAUGGAGGGUGGUGCCCUAAAACUAAUUCUGACAGAACAGACUAUCUUCAAGUUGAUAUGGGUGAAGUGCGUUCUGUUUGUGGUGUGGCCACACAAGGAAUACGGGGGAGCACUAUAUGGACCACCAGCUACAAACUACAAUUAUCUACAAACAGUAUAACUUGGAACAAUUACAAGGAAACAAAUAUUGAAAAGGUCUUCCAAGGAAAUUUAGACAGCGACAGCAUUGUAAAGCUUUCACUCAGUACUGACGUCAAGGCCAGAUACGUUCGGUUUUAUCCUGUAACGUUUUCCGAUUACCCUUGUAUGAGGGUUGAAAUAUUUGUGCUAAAUUGACCAAAAAAAACAUUCAUUAAUCUACCAGCACAUAUUGACACAAAACAGCCUCUAUGACACAAGGUAAAGAUCGUAAGGCCGUGCUAUUCAGACCGAAGAUAAUAAACAAACAUAAACAAACGAAUAAGACAACACCAACACAGACAAUUGUAGAAAAUAAGCAAAACAAUUGUUUUUAUUUGCACGUAGUCGUUAAAUUAAUAAGGCAAAAUAACAGCAAAGGGGGAUGAAACUUUUUUGAAACUGGGAUUGCUGAAAGGGAAGUGUAGAUUGUUUUUUUAAAAUAACAGCAGAAUGUCUGGCUAAGACCUCUUAAACUUAUUCACCGUAAAACAAAAAAUAAAUAAAUACAUUUCGAGGAUUGGAACGAGGGAUUAGAAGGGUUUUUUAUAUGCCAAGUAACCCUGUACUUUCACCUCAG